CUGUCUGUCGGUGGUAUGACGUGAUAAAGCUAGUCGGCUAGAUCGUUGAUGUGUGUGGUUAAGUUAUCGACCGAGUUCCGUCGCUGUCAUCUCACACUCGAACCGCGAUACCAGACGACGAUCGACGAAGCGGGACAGACCACAGAGAUUUCGAACAUUUCAUCAUGUUCCGACUAGCGGUUACAUCACGCGCCUAUCUGCAGCUCACGCGGAGGGCCUCGAUGCGGGGAUUACGUGCGGCCCAAGCCAUCCCUACCAGCACCAGUACGACGAUCGGUAAACGCACCGCCCAUACACUCGGAUACAGCACGGCCAGGUUACUGUCCACCUCGCAACCAAAGUUACAGAGCGAAGAGGUGGAAGUGACGUUCGUACGAGCCAACGGGGAACGCGUAAAGGCCAAGGGCAAGGUGGGCGACUCGCUGUUGGACGUGGUGGUUAACAAUAGUAUCGAUUUCGAAGGAUUCGGUGCUUGCGAGGGGACACUCACCUGCUCGACCUGCCAUCUGAUUUUCUCCAAGCCGGACUAUGAUCGGCUACCGGAGAAGCCGAGCGACGAAGAGCUCGAUAUGCUGGAUCUGGCUUACGAGCUGACCGACACCUCGCGGCUCGGCUGCCAGAUUACGCUCUCCAAAGACUUACACGGGCUGGAGGUGCGCGUACCUGCUACAAUCAACGAUGCCAGAAGCUAAAGUGAGGAGAGGGUGGCAGAGGUUCUGUUUCGAGAAAGAGUUUCUGCUGGAAGCAGUUCUCGAUCGUUGAAUCGCUGGAGAGGGGGUGGAACAUGUUUACACGCGUAAUGUAUUCCUUCCAGUUCGUUCAAAACGUCGCGUUUGCCCCAGGUACUGUUACGUUUUGUUUUUAAGCUGUUCGCUCUAAUGUAAAUAAAUUCAAGCUGCAUGAAGUCAAAUGUGCCCUUACACGCAGCUCGACGAUUCGAUCAGAUCGAAGAUCGGUUCAUAAUCGAAGCAGUGUGAGCGAUCGGUGAGGUAGAUUGGCUAGGGGAUUAGUUUUUAUUCAUUAUUUUGUGAGCAACCGGGUGGAUCGUGGCGAAGCUGUGAAUCCACACUAUUGCACCGAUGCUUGGAUCAUUUUAUGAAACAGAACCAGAAUUUAGGCAAUUUUUUUAGAAACGCACCAGAAUAAAAUGAACAGCAACCGAUCAAUGAAGCAAUAGGGAUGGUCAUUCUCUUUCGCUGUUUAAGGCAUCACACAAUUACGGGUAAUUUUCCAUUCUGUUAUCAACAUUCAAGCGACGGAGAAACACAAACGCAGCGGUGCAAUUGGAACGAGAAGAAAAAUAAAAUGAUAUCAA